AGCCGUCUGUCAUAUCUUAUUCGUCUACAAUAUUUUCGUACAUUUGUCAUACAUUGCUGUGAGGGUGAGACGCAAAAGACACACAGUCAUACUUCAUUCCAGUCCUCAGUGAUGAUGUCACUCACAGCGAUGACACACAUCAGAUAGAAACAGGAAGAUCUUUUCCGAGCGCUUCUUUGACAUUUCACAUGUCUGGGCUCAUCUACCAAAGAACGAUAACUCCUCCAGUCUCUACCGUAUGAUGGAGAGUCAAUCGCUGUAAAGCGCAUGGUAUUUAGCUCAAAUUUAAACCCGCCAGCAUUAUACCCACAAAGGGGUCACAGACCAGCUCCUUCUCACUGUUGCUGAAGGCUCACAGAAUCAACAUGGCAGCAUUCUUCGUGUGGAUGGUGGCAGCGACCAGUGCCUCAAUCGUACACUGCGUGCCGCCCCAGAGCAGCGUUGCUAUAGAGAGCAGGUUGGUUCAGCACCUGAUGCGGGGCUACAUGAAGGAGGCACUGCCAGUCCUCAAAGUCAAGACCAGUGUCAACGUCUCCAUGCAAGUCAGCUUCGUCGGAGUCGAUGAUGUCGACGAGAACAAGAACAUCUUCACUGCUACGCUUCUGUUAGCGCAGCUUUGGAAAGACCCACGUUUGGCAUGGAACGCCAGCGAGUAUGGCGGGAUGGGUACGAUCCGUCUCCCCGUGGACAAGUUGUGGAUACCGGACAUCGUGCCCUACAACACAGCUGGAAUGUAUGGACGCCAGUCUCGUUAUGACGAGAUCGCCCACGUGCUCAGCGACGGCAGCGUAUUCUGGGUCCCCUUGUGGACAAUCGCCAGCAAAUGCCCCAUGGAUAUGAGUUCCUUCCCCUUUGACACCCAGCAGUGCCCGAUGAUCCUGGGCUCGUGGGUGCACUCGCGCGCGGAGAUGAUGCUGUCAUUCAUGGAAAGCCCGAGCCUUGACAAGGACCUCGCCUUGUCCGGGUCGGACUUCAGCUCACCCUCUCAUCCCACGUGGGAACUCAUCAGAGCUGUGGCCAGCAUCAAAUCUGUCAAUUACACCUGUUGUGAAGAUUUCUUCGAGACCUUGACUGUGAAGGUGCAUAUCAGCCGGCGGUCGACGUUCUACCGCUUCCUUGCAGUAGGACCUGCCGCAGUGUUCGGGCUCCUAGUCCCCCUGCUGUUCCUCAUACCCUCCAGUUCAGACGGGAAGACAACUUAUGGUAUGCUGAUAAUGCUUAGUCUCACGGUGUUGAUUCUUGCUUUGGAGGAGGCCAUUCCGUUCAGCCAUAACAACGUUCCUAAAAUAGGGUAUUUCUACCUGGGCACCAUGGCGCUGUGUGCGUGUAGCGUGAUGCUGUCCAUAUUCGUCAGCAACAUGGGGCAGCGGGGUGUGCGACACAAGCCCCUCCCUGGCUGGCUCAAAUGGUUAUGUCUCAGUCGGUUUGGGUUCCGACGGUUUUUCUGCAUUGACAACUACGAGCCCGUGGAAAACGUGUACUCCGUCAGCCUCAAGAACCUGUGGACACCGGAAAGAACAACGCAGACAUCUUUAGACCCGGAGAGUUCGGCGCAACCGGAAGCCACGUCUGACAUGGACGAUAUCAGGAAAUGUCUGCACUACCUGGUCGGCCAGCAGUCAGCGGAAGUGACAUCAAGAAAUGUACGCCAGGACUGGGUGGAGCUUGCGCGGGUCUUUGAUCGGAUCCUGUUUGUUGUCUUUCUUGUUCUGUAUGUUCUGUUUGCUGUCAACUUCCUGACAUGAUCAUUCGGAUCGCCUCAGUCUUAUAGGACAUCUCGGCCAGAAUGAGAGGAAUCCAUAUUGGAACUACUUCCAAUCACGUGACUAUCACAUGACACAACACAACCUGGGAGGAAACGUGGCCUCUGUUUACGUUGAAAAUACUGCCUUUCGUCUUCUCCAAUCCAAAUUAUUAAUUAUGUUGAUGGUAUUUUCAAGAUCAACCAUCAUGUUUCAAGAACUACACGUGUGAUUCCUACGCCCGAGGUGUUAUACAUCUAUGCAUGACGGAAGAUGCCGAGUGGAUCCGAGUGUGACGUGAUCUAAGCAGUUCAGGCACCGUCCUAACACAACCAGAUGGAUAUUAAUUGUGCAUGGCUAUAUGCGUCUGUUUAAUAAUUAAUUAAUCAGCAAAGAUAGAAGAUAUGCUAUAGUGUUCAAGUUAUGUUGAUGUGUGUAAGUUUAAGUUUAACACCGCUUUGAACAUUAUUCCUGUCAUAUCACGGCGUGUCGGCUUAAUGUGGGAGGAAAUUUUUCAGACUUUGACCACUUUGGUGAACGCAACACUGUACAGCGAAUUGCGGCGCUUUAGACGACUGAGCCACCUGGUCCCCCAAUGUGGCAGGUUAAUGUCCUGAAACAACUAUGAUACACAUAUUUAUCAGAUAUGGUGGAUUUAUGUGGUUAUGCACAAUGGUGAAAUUGUAUUGCUUCUACUUCAGAUCAAGGGAUAUUUGUGUGAAUAACUGAAACUUGUCUUCAGUAGAAAUCAGGAACAAUAACCUGCGGAGUGUGUCCUAAGAUUGAAAAGUUUCGAUAUAAACGACUGAUGGAGAGAGUGAUGAGGACGAGGAUAAAGUAAAUGAUGAUAAAGGAUGAUAUCAGAAACCUAUUUUUAAAAUGACCAGCUCAUAUCACCAGGAAAUGAUUCGCUUUUUUUCUGAGUCGGCGGGAUACUAGUUCUCCGUCGGAGUAACAAUGGUAGCACGUGUAGUGUAAGCUAUCAGUCAGCCUGGUUUCGUGGGACGGUAGCGCAAGCGCAGCCUACGGGAACCUGGCUAUCCGUGACCAACUCCUGUCAUUUCGGGACAUACCUUCUUGGAGGUUACGAAUCUGCUUGGGCAUGGAAAGCUAUAGCUAAAUAAAUAUAGAACAGAACAUUCUUAAAAUUCCUAAAAAAGACAAUUUCACGCAAUGUUUGUGAAGACCAACAAGUUGAUUGAAUGCCCUGUUUCUUUUCCUUGCUUUAUGUCUCACCAUCAUCAGGAAGCGAUGUUGAGGCAUGGAGAUUUUAUUAUUAGUCUCUUCAGAGAGGCGAGACCUUGCCUUGAUGAUACUGACCUGUUUCCAAAAAAAGGGUUGAUACAAUAUUGUUGAAUGUUUAACCCACCUGACUCAAAGUCAAGUGGGCUUAUGUCAUGGGCUGUUUGUCUGGCGCACCACCCCUAGACUCACGUGCUUGUUCCCACCAAUAAUGGCACCACACCCACUUUGUUCAAGCUGUUCCGAUCCGAUUUGACAGCCAUAUUAAACAAACUAUUUGUUGUCAUUACUCGGAAAGGUUUUUUUCAAAGCUAGGUAAAACUUCUCAAGGCCAUUAGUUUCAGAUUAUAAUGAAAUUUGGUAUAUGUAACGUUAGUAUAGUGGGGCUUAACACACAUGGUCCGUUUUUGCGGUAUCUUAAAUUCUGAUCUUUAUUUGACCAUUGCACUUCAAAUGCAGUCCCUUACUAUGUUCGAAUCUGAUUUUCAAGCAUUUACAUACUCUCAGAAGGCAUUUUUGGCUCUGUACACUUCUGAAGGAGUUGAAGUUUGGAGCAUGUAUGUCCUCAUCUUUCCGAGGCAAGGGAGUUAACUUACUCUAAGAGUCAAGUUUCCACCCUUGUCGAAGUAGACUUGUUGAAGGCUAUAUUGUAAUAACACGGGUCUUCCUGAAGUGCAUCAAAUCACGUGAGCACCUUGAUUAAAUGCCUGUUGACGGUGCAUAUGCUUUGCACAUCCUGCAAUCGACCGAAUUAUGCAAGGUAGUUUACGAAGAGGAUGUUGUUUUCGUGACUCCAUUAUUCCAGCCUAGUUCGGCAGGGGUGGAAACUGGACUUUUACAAUCAGUUAGCUGCCCUGCCUCGGAAAGAUGGUUUCUCCCUAUAAUGACAUAGUUUGUCCAAAUCGUUAAAUUAGGUUUUAGACGUCAGUAAAAAGAGAGAGUAUUUGAAUGUCGAUGCCGACAUCAACUUUUAUUAAGCGACUGUUUUUGUUGACAUUUCAAACUGUUGUCUAUAAAUCCAUGUGAGCUACAGUGCUAAGAGAUAUUAAAAAGCAAUGAUAGCGUAAUAUGUUAGGAUUUUGCAGCAAUAAUACACCAUAUAUGCAUUGUACGAUUGUCCGCGCUUGAGUUGAGGAUAGACGUUAGAGCCUGUGCAUACAUGUAUAAUUCAAAUCUGUGACCUUUUAUUCAGGCUGCAAUGUUCGGAACAUAUUCAGAUUAAAGUGCCGAAGCGUGAUGUGAUAGAAUUGUGUGUAAUAGUUGAAUCACGUUGUCACUGUAUGUGAAAUUGUCAGGAUUCUUUAUGUGUAUAUCUGUAAUCUUUAUGUGAAUUGUAUGAUAAUUGUCACUGAAGUCUCAUAAUGAUCCUGUCUAUUCCAUUGUAUAGACAUAUUGUAUUGUACUGCAGUUCCAAACCCCUAUUCGACACACCCCACCCUUCGCAUGCCCCUCUACCAACCUGCAGUUCCAAACUCCUACUCGACACCCAACCCCUCGCCUGCCACUCCGCCAACCAGCAGUUCCAAACCCCUAUUCGACACACACCAUCCUUCGCAUGCCCCUCUACCAACCAGCAGUUCCAAACUCCUACUCGACACCCCUCCCCUCGCAUCGCCCUCCCCUUAGAACGCAAAUUUCGCUCGUCUGUGAAUUGCUUUAGUGAGCGCUCCUCUCAAUAACAGAAAAGGUAAUGGUGGAAACCUAUCUGUAUUGCUUCAUCAAGGUUGUGGCAAAACAUAAUAUAUAUUUUGUUUUAAUAAAAUGUGAUAAGCAAA